UUUAUUUUCUACUUUUUCAUCCUCGGUUGGGGUAAAAUCAGGGAGGAUUUGGCACCGUCUGCAUAAGGCAAUUAAUAGCAGAGCCACCAUAAACCUCUAAUGGGAACUAACAAUUCAUAUCCAAACAAUCCCAAAUUUUCAAGGCAAUAAAUUAGAAUUCGCCGGAGGAAAGAUUAAAGCAGUCAAAAUUAACGCAAAUUUUUUCUUUUUUUUAAAAAAAGCACAGCAGAUCGAGAGAGCAAUCAUGGGAAUUGGAAGAGAAACAAACGCAACACCGCGUCUCAUCAUCCUUCUUGUUCCUGUUCUGGCUUUCUUGUCCUGUGCUAAACAAUGCAAUUCAAAGGUUCUUCCGCGAAACCAAGAUCACAAUCAGCACGGCCGUGGCCUCACCGCCGACGCCAACCCUACCUGUAACGUUGAUAAGGUCGUCGACGUCAUGAACUUUGGCGCCAAAGCCGAUGGAAAGCACGACGAUGUCAUGGCAUUUAUGCAAGCUUGGCAAGAGGUAUGCAAAAAAAGCGCUCAGCCGGCGAAGCUUUUGGUCCCGGAAGGCACCUAUAUGUCGUCUCCCGUCAUUUUCCAAGGCCCGUGCCUGAGCAGCCAGCCGGUGAUCGUUGAAGUCAAAGGAACCAUCUUGGCCAACGAGGACUUGAGCGCGUACGACGAGGACUUCUGGUUCUUGUUCGAGAAAAUCAACGGCGUCAUCCUCACCGGCGGCGGAACUUUCGACGGCCGUGGCGCUUCCGCUUGGAAAUACAACGACGGCGGCAGCAAUUUCCCCACGUCGAUCAAGAUGAACGAUGUGGAUAACGGAGUGGUCCACGACUUGUGUUCCGUGAACAGCAAGUUUUUCCACUUCCACGUGACGGAUUCGAGCAACUUCACGGCGUACAACCUCCGCAUAACGGCGCCGUGUGACAGCCCCAACACCGACGGCAUGCAUAUUAGCAGCACCUGUGGAGUCCAGGUCUCCAACAGCGUUAUCGCCACCGGCGACGACUGCAUCUCCGUCGGCCCCGGCGUUACGAAUGCCAACAUCUUCGGGAUCACCUGCGGCCCCGGCCACGGCAUUAGUAUUGGUAGUCUUGGGAAAAGAGACCAAGAGAAAGACGUGUGUGGGGUGACGUUUAGCAAUUGCACACUCAACAACACGACGAAUGGUGUGAGGAUCAAGACGUAUGCAUCACCAAUUCAAAUCAAGGCCUCGGAUAUUACUUUCCAGGACAUCACCAUGAACAACGUCCAGAAUCCUAUUGUUAUAGAUCAACACUACGGCUCCAGGAAGAAGAAGAAAGGGCAGGAUUCGCACGUGAAGAUCAGCAACGUGCACUACAAGAACAUCCGAGGAACGACGCCUUCCAACGUGCCGAUCACUUUGGCGUGCAGCGCCGCGGCACCGUGUGACGGGAUCGAGUUCUGCGACGUCAACCUGGAUUUCGUCAGCGAUGAUUUGCAGUCAAAGAAGCAUCCCAACACCACCUUUACAGCUUGUUGUACGAAUGCUAAGACUACGUUUUCUGGCCAGAACAAAGUACCUAUCUGCGAGUAGUAGUGGGAACUUUUGAAUUCUGACUACAACUUGCUCUCUGUGAGAGAUGAAAGACGAAGCUAAGAGUGUUUGGAGCUGAAACUAGCUGAUGGGUAUAUUGAUUUGAUUUUUAUUUGAAUUCUUUUUUUUUUAGGAUUUGCAAGAUUUGUGAUUAUUUGAGAAUAUGUGGGUAUAAAGAACGGUUAUGGAAUUAUUCCUUGUUAUUGUUUAUGGGGCCAGAUCAGGUCAGUAAUCCUACUGUCAGUAAUCCAAUCCUUUCUCCUCACGUGUCAUCCUUUUUAUUUUAUUAAAAUUAAACACGGAGGGGCAAUAGGAUAAAUUGCACCCCCUAUUCAAUGCUGGCGCUGACGCUCUGGCGCUAAUGCUCUGACGAGGAUCCCACUCCCCCACCCCGCACUGGUUUCCCUCUCUCUUACUCUUUGUUUUAUUAUUAAGAGAAAAAUUAGAUUAUUUUUUCUCUCUCCCAUCUACAACAGAAAUGAAUCUAAUCAUCAAGCUAUCUCUAUUCAAAUUUCAACUCAAAUUGAAUGGUG